AUGCCGACGGCGGCCGGGAAAUCGUCCGCCGCCGCGGCGGCGGCGGCGGCGGGUAAGGAGGAGGACUACGCGACGCUGCGGGAGCUGUACCGGCCGCACAUCGAGUCGUUCGACUACUUCCUCGACGAGGGGCUCGACAAGAUGCUCCUCUCCAUCCGCCCCAUGGAGAUCACCCACCCCUCCUCCAACGCUACCCUCAGAAUGUCCUUAGAGAAGGGUCAUGUGCUCCCACCGAUGAAGGAUGGUCGGUUGGAACAACCGCUCUACCCGCAAGAGUGCAGGCAAGGUAGAAUUUCAUAUAGUGGCGAAUUCAAAGUGGAGGCUGUCUUCCAAUUUAAUGAUGGGGCGCCAAUCAGACAAACCUUCAAUUUUGGUCAUUUGCCGAUUAUGUUGAUGUCAAAACUUUGCCACCUAAGAGGUGCUGAUCCACGUAAAUUGAUCUACCACGGUGAAGAGGCCACAGAAAUGGGCGGGUACUUUAUAAGUGGUGGCUUGGAGAGACUUAUCCGAAUUCUUAUUUUACAGAAGCGUAAUUAUCCUAUGGGCAUGGUCCGUGGUGCUUUUAUUAAACGUGGUGCGGGAUACACUGACAAAGCAGUGGUGAUGAGAUGUGUUCACCACGACCAGUCCAGCGUGACUGUAAAGUUGUAUUACCUACAAAAUGGAAGUGCAAGGCUAGGGUUUUGGUUUGCAGGCAGAGAAAUUCUCCUUCCAGUUGGGAUUGUUCUCAAGGCCCUUAUUGAUACAAGUGACCGGGAAAUAUUUGCAAGCCUGACAUGCUGCUACAGUGAUAAACGUGAAAGAGGAAAGGGAGUUGUCAGCACUCAGCUAAUUGGUGAAAGGACACAAAUAAUUCUUGACGAAGUCAGAGCUCUGUCCCUUUUCACGCGCACGCAAUGCUUAGUGCAUAUUGGCAAGUACUUUCGAUCUGCAAUGGAAGGUUUUGAAAAAGAUGAUUAUGAAACCGUUGCUGAGGCGGUUAUCAAGGACUAUAUUCUCGUGCAUCUGCAAAAUGACAACCACGCAAAGUUUAAUCUUUUAAUAUUUAUGCUGCAGAAACUUUAUGCUCUUGUUGAUCAAACUACGUCACCUGAUAAUCCUGACGCACUUCAAUUUCAAGAAGCACUCUUGCCUGGGCACCUGAUCACAGUUUUUCUUAAGGAUAGGAUUCAAGAUUGGUUGCAAAAGUCUAAGCGUUUAAUUAUGGAAGAGAUUACGAAGAAUAAAAGCUUUGAACUCAAUAACUCACUGGAGAUUAGGAAAUUUCUUAGUAAAUAUACAACAUCUGUAGGCAGAGCUAUUGAGACCUUGAUAAAGGUUGGCAGAGCGAAUUCACAAUCAAUGUUGGAUCUUCCACAGAGAGAAGGGAUGACCAUUCAAGCUGAGCGACUCAACUUUCAUCGCUAUAUCUCACAUUUUCGUUCUGUUCAUAGGGGUUCUUCUUUUGCUAAAAUGCGUACAACAACUGUUAGAAAGUUACUUCCAGAGUCCUGGGGUUUCCUGUGUCCAGUUCAUACACCGGAUGGAGAGCCUUGUGGCUUACUGAACCAUAUGACUUCCAUAUGCCGUAUUUCAUCCUGCUACAACUCAGAAGGGGCAAUUAAAGAUUUUCAGAAAAUAAAGGAUAAGCUUUUAGUUGAAUUGGUUCGUGGUGGAAUGAUCCCAUUGUUGCCGAAGAUGGAGCAUACUGGUCCCCCGGAGAUCCUGCAUGUCCAUUUGGAUGGAUGCAUUGUCGGUUCUAUUGCUUCUGCUAAGAUUGAGGAAGUAGUUAACUAUCUUCGAAGAUUAAAGCUACUGGCACACCCAGCGACUCCGGAGGAUUUAGAAGUGGGCUAUGUUCCCUUAAGUCUUGGUGGGGCUUAUCCUGGGCUCUAUCUUUUUACAAGUCCUGCAAGAUUUGUUCGACCAGUGAAAAAUCUGGUUAGCCUACCUGAUGGAGAGCCACGUAUUGAGCUUAUUGGACCAUUUGAACAGGCAUUUAUGGAGAUACGAUGUCCUGAUGGUGGGGACGGUGGGAGAAAAAAAGAGUUUCCUGCGACUCAUGAAGAAAUUCACCCUACUGCCAUUCUCAGUGUAGUUGCAAAUCUGACUCCUUGGUCUGAUCACAACCAAAGUCCUCGGAACAUGUACCAAUGCCAGAUGGCAAAGCAAACUAUGGGUUUUUGUGGCCAAGCUUUAAAAUAUCGUACAGAUGUCAAGGCAUUCCAUCUACAGACUCCUCAGUCGCCAAUUGUUCGAACAGCUACAUAUAAAAGAUAUCAUAUGGAUGAAUUUCCAUCAGGAACAAAUGCCAUUGUUGCGGUGCUAUCAUAUACAGGUUAUGACAUGGAGGAUGCCAUGAUUUUAAAUAAAUCAGCCGUUGACCGUGGGAUGUUCCGUGGAGAUAUCUUCCAGACAGAGUGCAUUGACUUGUCAGCAAAAAGGACAGAAAAUGUCCCAGAAAUCUUUGCCAAAAGCCCUCUUUCGAGGGACUCGAACAAUGUAAUUGAUUCAGAUGGCCUUCCUCGGGUUGGAGAGACAGUAGUUCCAUAUGAGCAGUACUACAGUAUCUAUAAUACACUCACCGGUGCAAUAAGGCCAGUCAGACUAAAGGGGACAGAGCCAGCAGCUAUUGACUAUGUUGCUCUCAACGGAACAAAUUCAAAAGGUUCCCUGCAGAAGGUAAAUAUUCGUCUGCGUCGCAAGAGGAAUCCUAUAAUUGGUGACAAGUUCAGCAGUAGACAUGGGCAAAAGGGAGUUUGUUCACAGUUGUGGCCUGACAUUGAUAUGCCGUUCUCUGCAAAUACCGGCAUGAGGCCAGAUCUCAUCAUUAAUCCUCAUGCUUUUCCUUCAAGAAUGACAAUUGCAAUGCUUAUAGAGUCCAUAGCAGCAAAGGCUGGAAGUGCACAUGGGAAGUUCAUUGAUGCCACACCUUUUGCAAGCUCAGUCAAAGAGGACGGUGAAAAUCGUUGUAAAUUUGAUUCUAUUGUGGAUGAACUAGGUCCCAUGCUAGCAUCUUAUGGAUUUAAUCAUCAUGGAACCGAGGUCCUGUACAGUGGGCUUUUUGGCACCGAGCUUCAAUUUGAGAUUUUCAUUGGGCCUGUUUACUACCAACGCCUUCGUCAUAUGGUCUCAGACAAAUUUCAGGUUCGCACCACAGGUCGUAUAGACCAAGUAACGAAACAGCCAAUAGGAGGAAGGAAACAUGGUGGAGGGAUUCGGUUCGGUGAGAUGGAGCGUGACGCGCUCCUUGCUCACGGCGCUUCAUAUCUCUUGCACGACAGGCUCCAUACCUGCUCGGACUAUCACGUAGCGGACGUGUGCUCCCUUUGCGGGAGCCUCCUGUCGGCGACGGUAAUAAACUCGGACACACAGAAGAAAUCCAAGCGCCACAUGCUGGGUGUCAACACGGUGAGGCCCGCGAAGAACUUUGCGUGCCAGGCCUGCCAGACAAACAAAGGGAUGGAGACGGUGGCGAUGCCGUACGUCUUCAGGUAUCUAGCGGCCGAGCUGGCGGCUAUGAACAUAAAGCUGGAUCUCCGGCUCAGCAACAGGAGAGAAGCUCCUCCCAGCAACGAAUCUUGCUAG